AUGGUGUUGAGGACGGUAUUUCGGAAUGCGAGAAAGACCCGGGACAGUCAGACCAAGAAGCGUAGCAUGGAAGUGCGGCUUGCAUUGACAACCCUGAUCAACCACUGUGCAAAUGCUGGAUGUACGUGGGUCAGAUUUAGGCUGAAUAUUAUCAUCUUCCUAUGGACACGGCGAGAGAGAAACGACAACAGCACUUCUUCGAAGACUUCGAAGACGGUC